AUGAAAAGCAAAUUGUAUGUACCUGGUAUAGGACAAGCAGGAGUUAAUCAACUUGGUGGUGUAUUUGUUAAUGGUCGUCCAUUACCGGAUCAUGUACGUCGACAAAUUGUUGAAUUAGCAUUAAGUGGUAUUCGUCCAUGUGAUAUAUCACGUAAAUUACUUGUUUCACAUGGUUGUGUUUCGAAAAUAUUAACAAGAUUUUAUGAAACGGGUUCUAUUCGACCAGGAUCAAUUCAUCGAGGAAAUAGACAACAAUCCAAACAAAUAUCUAAUAAUCAGUUGGUUGAUACAGAAGAAUCAUCAAUAGUUUUAAAUCAACAACAAUCAGAUCUAUUUUCUGUAUUACAUCAUUAUAAUCAAUUUUUGCUUCAACAAACAAUAAAUUCACCAUCGGAUGAUGAAAUUUCAAUUGAAACAACUUCAUCAUCAUCAUCAUUAAUUAAACAUUCAAUUGAAAGUAUUCUAUCAAACCAAACGAAAAGAAAAAAUAAAAAUUCAUCGAUCGAUGAACAAACAAAUAAUAAACGACAAAAACUUUUUGUUUGUUAA